AUGGGCUGGGUGCACCAUGCCUCGCCUGAGCUCGAGGCCGUGUCGCAAUACCGCCUGAUCCUCGGGGUGUGUCUGAGUCUGACGCUGUUGAUGAUCAUCACUGUCUGUCUGCGAUUAGCGAUUCGAUUCCAAGCCCGCCGCUUGGAAGCGUCCGACUAUGUGAUGCUGGUGACCAUGUGGUUCAGCAUCAUCUACAGUUCCCUUUGUAUCGCCCAAACCAGAUACGGACUUGGAUUACCCUUGAAGCUGCGCCCAAAGGCGGACUUGCCGAAUUACACCAAGCUCAACUAUGCCGGUCGCCCGUUCUACCAGCUUGGGAUUGCCGGGUUCAAAGCCUCGCUGUGCCUCAAUUACCUGCGAUUGCUCUCCGGGACUUCCAAGACGUAUUAUCGAAUCCUCAUAUACGUGGUGAUUGCCAUAAGCACUUUAGGCCAUUUUGCUGGCACCUUAGUCUUAAUCUUCGAUUGCCACCCAAUUAACCGCGCCUGGGACUUGACAAUCUCUGGGUCUUGUCUACCGGCAGGACCGACCUUUUAUGGGCUGGCCAUCUUCAGUAUCAUCUGCGAUAUAGUGAUCAUCUGUCUGCCAAUCCCGUUGUUACUUCAACUGAACAUCAAGCCCGCCCAGAAAGCGGGCAUUGUCUGUCUGUUCCUGCUGGGCCUGUUCACCACCAUCUGCUCGAUUCUGCGCCUCACGCAGAUCUAUCGCGUGGCAUACGGAGAUGGGAAUUCUUCCCUCCUCGUCCUAUGGGGCACCAUCGAGUUCAACGUCGGGAACAUUGUGACUUGCGUGCCCUUCCUCGCCCCCCUACUCAAAGGAGCCGUGCGCGACUUCCGAUCGUACAGUGGCCCGAAAGGAUAUAAUGGCCGAAGCUAUGCGCUGCAGUCCUGGUCGAGGGAUCCGCGUUCGCAGCUCAAAUCCACCACGUCGGCGGCACCGCAACCCAAACGGACGCCCAGCGAAGAGCUUAUCCUCGACAGUGGGGAUCCUGAGGAAGGGGGGAUUCAUAUGACUGUCGAACUACACGUUUCGACGGAGAAGCGACCGACCGAAGACCACGACCAAGGGUCAGCUGGGUCGAGGGCAUCAGAAGCCAAUGAGCCACUGGCAUCCAACGGGAUCUUCCCGGCCAUCAAGCUCAGCUCCAUCCAGAAGGAAUCCUGUGCGUUCCGUGAAACUUUAAAGUGGUCCACCCGGAAGGACAUCCCCGGGGGUCGGCCAGGAUGGUGCGUCCCACGCGCCUAUGGCUGGUCUACUCGGACCAAGGCCGAAGGAGGGCCCCGGCCCCGGCCUAACAGCCCUAGUGCCCUUAAGUCUCUGUUAGGGUUGACCUUGUCUCACACGUCGUGGGGCAGGGUAACUGUCAACUAA